AUGUUGUCUGACCAAAGUGCCAAUACCCAAAAAGGGUGGUGGGCAGUCCCUACCAUUCUCAGUGCUGCAGUCAUCAGCACUGCCAUUUAUGGUAUCUAUGUCCUCUACAUCCUCAAGCAUGACUGCUGCAGCCAGGCUCACUCUCUUGGACUUACAUUCCACCAUCAUCUUGACCACAUCUCCAUUGUUGACAACAAUGAACCUCCCAAAUUGCCUGCUCAUAACCAGCCCCCUGAGCAGAAUGAAUGCUUGGAGCUUGUUGCACUUCCAGCUUCACCCAAGCCGGUCUACACUGGCUACCAUUAG